UAUAAAUAGACUAUGUCUCACCUCUUGAAAAGUUGGUAUCGACGGGGGGGAGAAGAGCACCUUGAAAAGUUGAAGUUGUAGGUCACAGGGGCCGAAGUUUAGCUUGACCAAUGUGCAUCUGAUCCCCCUUCAUGAAGCGAUGGACCAUCUCAUAUUAGUGACACAGUUUAUACAAGGGGUUGUUAAUAAUGUGGAAUCAAAGGAACUCACAUGUGAUCUCAUGAAGGUUUGGAUGCCUAAGUCAUCGGACACACCCUUCAUAAUCAUGGUUGUUGCAUUAAAUCUCUUCAUAAAAUCGCGGAGGGAUUCAUUUUCUCGCUACCGGAUGGACAUGGGAUAUGCUGAGGACUGUUGGGGUAUCUUGUUGGCCUAAAAUCUACUCAUGAAUAAAUUAUCCAACUGAUCAAAGCUACGAAUGGACCCUUGAGGAAGCGACAAGUACCGCUGUCGGGCAGUGUUGGAUAGAGUCAUGGGGAAGCUCUGCACUUGACAGCAUCGGAAGCCCCACGGGUAUUCAUGUAAUUGCAGUGAGAAAGAUGAUCUUCCGGAUCUCCCACCCCAUUGUAAGAGAGUUUGGGGAAUUUGAAGGAGGCAGAGAGGUUGUGGGUCAAAACCGAGGCUUUGUUAGUCUUGGAACCCUUGACUUCUUGCAGCAACUCCAACUUGAGGGUUGCUAUUUGCUCCUCAAAGAAAGCUACUUUGUUACGGGUCCCCUGAUCCGAACGGUUGGUGGGUUGAACUUCUUCCAUAUCUUCAUCAUCGUUAUUGUCCUUCUAAUUCUUGCGAACAGUGGACUGAGCCGAACCUUUCAGAUGCAGAUGAGGGGGAUCCAACAGGCGUUGGCUCUCUUGUUGCUCUUGAAACUGGCGCUGCUGGGCUAGAAGCUAUUCUUCCAUGAGACGCGUCUUCUCCUGCAUCUCAGUGACUUGGUGCUAAGGGCGAGAGGCUUAUUGUGGAAUAAGCUUUCAACUCUUCCCUACAUAACUCCUUUAGUUGUCUAAUCUUUAAUCCUAGUUGGGACAAAAUUUUAUGUAUGAAAUGCUUGGUGAUAUAAUCUGCAGACAACAGAGAAAUCUUAUUGCUCCUAAAA